AUGUGGAAUAUUGCAGACAUAUUCAAGUCUUCUGAGUCUGAAGAAGAAGUAGAGGGUGAGGAGGCCUUGAUGUAUCUGGCAAGGCGCUACAAGGGGCUGACAGUGAAUGCGUGUGCCCAUGCCAUCUUCUUCUGCAGACUUCUUCAUGCCUUCAGGCCAAACAGGACUGAGAAGGCUUUUCCACCCUCCUUGGUGGACAACUCUGGCUUGAAGAUUGGGAUUAUUGGUGGGGGCCGCCUUGGAAAGCAGCUGGCAAAAGCGCUACUGGCUCUGAGCUGCAGUUCUACUAGUACUCCGUGCUGCAGUAUCCGCAUUUCCACCAGGCGCCCGGAGAGCCUGGCGGAGCUGCAGGAGCAGGGGGUCGGCUGCCUCUACGACAACGCUCAGCUGGUGGCCUGGGCGGAUGUGGUCUUCCUGUGCUGCCUCCCGUCGCACGUGCUGACUGUCUGCUCCGCCAUUCGGGCUGCCGUCAGGAAGCCCUGCCUCGUGUACAGCCUCGUCACGGCCGUGCCGCUCCGCAGGUUGAAGCAACUCCUUUCCUACAGUGCCAUCAUGAGGCCACAGUAUCAGUGUGGUGGCAAGGAGCCCAGCAACGAGUGGAAGACGAAGGGGACGGUCACAGCAGCACUGCAAGACCCUGCUGUUGUGCAGGCAACAUGCCCCUGCAGUUCCCAAGGGACAAUCAGAGUCAACACCAAAUGGUUGGUGGCCGUUUUCUACGCGGCGCUGAACAGCAGCAUGUGGCAGCGCCUGCCUCACCAGAAAGCACUGCAGUUACUCAAUGACCUGUGUUUUCCUGAACACUGCCCCAUCUGUGCAGAAGGGAAAACUUGCUGUCCACGAUUUGUGUGUGAGAGUUUUGUCAGCAAAACGUUUGCCUCUUCAAUGACUCAGGAGGAAACUUUCCCCUGGUUUGACCUCACAGCUGCACAACUGAGAGAGUCUCCCUUUAGCCAGCUGCUAGAAGGCAGUGAGUCUGUGCGGAGCCACCUCGCUCGGCUCUAUCAGGGGGCCUUUGGAGACUGGUCUACAGAGCCACGCGGGCUGGUCAGCACCAGCACGUCUCUCACUUCAGCUGCAGUGGAGCCUGGUGUGACGGAGGAUCACAGGACCUCGCUCUCCACAACUGCCUCUGAGAUGUCAUCAGAAGAUCUGGAGGAAACUACUGACAGUGAUUCUAAAUCCUCAUAG